AUGCUCUGCUCAGUAGCCUUCCUCAGCCAUCCAUUUUUACUUCCCUCUACUGAGUGGUCCGAUUAUCGCUCUCUCAUCACUGCCGGUCUUGCGUGUUCUUUGUUAGGCGACUUUUGUCUCAUCCCUUCGCGGCGUGAGUUCAACGGCUCGAACGCCAAAGUCUCAAUCUCCGGCAAAUCGGAUUUACAGGGAGAGAUAUCGAGAUUCUUCCAACUUGGUAUCGUCGCCUUCGCGAUAGCUCACAUUCUUUACACUGUGGCCUUCUUUCGAGAUUCCAGCGAAAUCUCGUGGUCGAUAUUUGCCGCUACGUUCCCUGCGACUCUGGGCGCUGCAAAGUGGCUGGGUGUUAUAUACCCCCAGGCAAAUUCCUCACUUCGAUCCAAUGUAUUGAACCUUGCUGUUGCUCCAGAUAUGAAGCCACUGGUCUCUGCUUAUGCUGUGAUCAUUGGAAUCAUGUUUGCUGCCGCGACUUCCACGUCCCCUUCAAUCGUGCCGUCUGACUGGCUGCACUCGCGAGCCGUUGGAGCUGCGAUGUUCGUUGUGAGCGAUCUUUUCGUUGCGAAGAACGCGUUCGGAAAAUCUGUUGCGUCGAAGAGUCGUGGAUGUCUUGAGAUAUUCCUGGGCUACGCGCUUUAUUUCUGGGCCCAAAUAGUCAUCGCAAGAACAGUGGAAGGGGCAUAG